CUCUUCAUCACUGCCAUCGGAGACAAUAAGAUAGACGCAACACGCUCACGACGCGUCCCGCUGAAGCUAUGCGGACGCACGGGGGAACCGCAAGAACUGAACCUACGGACAGUCAACGGCUUAAAAUUAACACCACAGCGACUGAACAUCGAAGUCCUCGCGUCGUGCCAUCACCUCACCGACCUCCGCCAUCACUUCAAAACGAGCUACGCCUCGCCGAAGAUCCUGAUCGGCCAAGACAACUGGCACCUGCUGGUGACGGAGGAGAUGCGGACGGGACGACGCGAUCAGCCAGUGGCGUCUCGUACUCCGCUCGGGUGGGUCGUGCACGGAGCACACCCGGGAGGCAAGAGACAGCGCGUCAACUUCGUGGCACACGCGACGACGGCCGACGCGAACAUGGACGAAGCCCUCAGGCACUACUUCGCGAUCGAGGGACUCACCGUCGCCGCCAAGACGCCGAAGAAUGACCCAGACGAGCGCGCGCUGAAGAUCCUGCAAGAGACCACUCAACAGCGACCCGACGGCCGCUACGAGACCGCACUGCUGUGGCGUGAGGAGGGCCUGAAGAUGCCCAACAAUUUUGAAGCCGCGCUGAAUCGCCUGACGUCCGUAGAAAAGAAACUGGAGAAGGAUCCAAAUUUGAAAGAGCGCUACAAGCAACGAACAAACGCACUGGUAGCGAAGGGAUACGCCGAAGUAACUCCGUCGACGGGUACGAAGAAGCGAACCCGGUACUUGCCACACUUCGACGUGACGCAUCCCAAGAAGCAGGAGAAGAUUCGCGUCGUGCACGACGCCGAUGCGAAAAAUAGAGGGAAGAAGCCCAAACGACUUCCUGCUCACCGACCCGGACCUGCUGCAGUCGCUGCCCGAAGUGAUGAUGCGCUUCAGGCAGCACGCCGUCGCCGUCUCCGCGGACAUUGCGGAGAUGUUUAUACAUAUAGGCGCCCGAAGCGAGAACCGCGACGCGCUCCGGUACUUGUGGAGGGAGGACCCUUCACAGGAGCCUAUAGAAUACCGGAUGAGGUCCAUCGUCUUCGGCGCGACAAGCUCACCCGCAACCACCAUCUUCGUGAAGAACCGACUGCAGUACCCGGACGCCGCCGACCUGAAGCUCCACACGUAAGUGGACACCAACAAGUACGCCCACGACGCCGCGUUGUACUGGCGCGUGGAGACGCCCGACGGGGAGAUGAGGACCUCCCUAGCCAUAGACCGAGUCGCAACCGUGAAGCUAACUUCGAUACUGCGUCUCGAGCUACAAGCCGCCGUGAUGAGCAGCUGCAUGGCCGCGGCCGUCACGGAAGAACACAAUAGAAAGCCAGACACGAGUGUUCUGGACAGACAGCGCCACCAUAGAAGAGAACAGCACUGUGGAGGAAUGGCGCUGGGUCCCCACGAAGGAAAAUGUCGCCGACGACGCCACUAGAGAGCUACCCGUCGGCUUUGAAAGAAACCACCGCUGGUUCAUAGGCCCGGAAUACCUAAGACGGCAUCCGGAUGAUUGGCCCGUACAACGGACUGCAAGAAGGGCAGAAGAGACGGGCGAAGAGAAGUGCGCAACGCUCGCCGUGAGCAGAGAGAGCCUCG